UGAAUGUUCAAGUUUUCACUACUUCAGGUAUUAUGGGUUACGUCAAAAGUAACCCCUUACGUGAUUGGAAAGUUAACUCUUAGGGGGGAAAAAAGUUGUCUGUAAGAAGAAAAGAGAUUCUGUGGGGAUGUCUCAUGUCUGAAUAUAUAUAGUUUCCCUUUCUUCUUGACCACUCUUUUCCAUUGCCAAAGUCUGGUUUGCAGUGGACCUCUGAGUCACCACCACCAGGUAGCUUUUCUAACAAAGACAAUGUGCUAAUCUGAGAAAAGCUACACAAAUUCAUAGAUAGUUUUUAUUAUAAUGCAAUGAUUUCUACUUACAGUAGUCUGGUCGAAUUGGAUGAAAGAAGGUGGUUUAUUAUAAGUGAGGAAAAAGGAAGAGAAAACAGGAAUACAACAGCAAAUAUAUUAGGUGAUCUACAUCUAAGAAAUUGUAAAACCAAUUUUAUACUUGUUCUACAUCGCCAUUACCAUCAAAACCGACCAUUUGUUGAGCUACAGUUGCGAUGCUCAGACUUACUGAUCUGUCAAACUUGUUCUAUGUUCAUACCAGAGAUUGUCAAAGCUGGUGCACCUGCAGUUUACCUCGUGAUGGGAGUCUGUCACUGGGACUCUGUGACUGAUUCAGCCUUCGAACUGUCCAUUUCCUACUCUCAUUCCUCGCACCCACGACGUUUAUAAGCAAAAGCCCACUGGUUGUUCAGUUGGAACCUGAAACCGUGAAAUCACCUACUAAGCAUUUGUGCACAUCCUCCUCAAGUUUGAAUUAGCAAUCCCAUUCCGACGUGUUACUGCUUAAUGCAUUUGGCCUGCAUCCCUUCUUAACUUUCAGCUUACCCCAACAGUUAGACAAAUCAGAACUCCCAGCGCCAUGUUUGAGUUUUAUGACCCGGUCCGAGUUGUCCUUUAACAUAUCUGAGUGGAACCUGCUCAUCUGUCCUUCCUUAGCACUUAGCAGCAGCUUGCCGCCUGAAACAUACAAAAAGAAUCAUAAUCCAUGUAGAACGCCCUGCAUCCCUCACAGCAACAGGCAGGCAGAAAUAGUAUAAAGAUGAGCAGAAAACAAAGGGAAGUUGUAUUUUCAAUAUGCAGACUGCAUAACUACUCCCAAGUAAAUGAACAGCUAGUGGUCAGUACUAAGCAGGGCUACCUCAUUGUUCAUCCCGGCCAUUUCCUUUCCAGCUAUGCUUAAACACUUCAACCUCCAAAUCUGUCAUCUAUGGACAUGACUCACAUGACAGCAAUUAAAACAGUAUCUCUCGGCUACCUUUUCAACAGCUUCUUUGCAUUUCCUUUACUUAGAAGUUGAGAAUUUAGUCUUCGGCAAGAUCGAGGAACACUCAUCUAUACUAAGUAGUACUGAGAAGGGUACAAGCAAUUUUUCUGAAGAAGAAACUCUGAAACCAGCAAUAUCAGUAAUGUACAACCGACAUCUGUAUUUCUACCUAAUGUUUAUAUAAACACGUGUCGAUUAAAUUUAGGGGAAGGUGGUUGUUCUAUACAUCAAGCAACCACAGAAAGAAAAGAUUUGGUGCUUAAGCAUUACUUAACUGUCCAAGAGCAAAUCUAGGCUUGCACAUCACAGUAACAGAUCAGUUUUUUUCACUCCAGAAGCCACAUGACAUUGGUUCUCCACUUCCCCUGUUUCCUUCCGUCCUUCAAAUCUUCAAAUCUAAGGCACAUCUGGCUUCAUGGAUCUUAUUAUAGAUGGAAACGUUAGGCUUUAAUCCUUUACCAAUCAUACUGUUCAAUAACACUUCUGCAUGUUGGCAUUUCCCAUCCUUACACAAGACUGCAAUGGUAGAGUUAUAACUAGCCACAUUUGGAACUAAUCCUUUACCCUCCAUUUCCUCAAGCAACCUCAAGGCCCUGUAGGAGCUACCUUCAUUGCAGUAUCCAUUAAUCAUUGUGUUGUAUAUUACAUCACUAGGCUCCAACGGUAUUUCUCUCAUGGAUCUAAAUACUUUUGCAGCAUCUUUCAUGUUCCCACUUUUGCAGAAUCCAUUUAUUAACACUCCGUAAGUGUAGGCAUCAGGAACCAAACCAGCAUUCUUCAAAGAGGACAAAAGUUGAAAUGCUUUCUCCAUAUCCCCAGACUUCACAUAAGUAUUAAUUAAGAUUGUAUAUGUCACCGCAGAAGGAGUGAAACCUCUGUCUUCCAUCUCCCGGACCAAAGCAGUCACUCUCCCUAAAUUACCAGCACUAGAAUACCCCUGAAUGAGAACAUUGUAGGUAACCAACGAUGGCGAUAGCCCAUUCAACUGCAUUUCAUCUAACCAACUCAAAGCCUUGUCAAACAUUCUCGUGCUACAAAAUCCACCUAUGAUAUUGUUAUAUGUGAUCAAGUUUGGAACAACACCUGCACCUUUCAUUCGACUGACAAGCUUCUCUGCUUCCCAGAUUCUCAUAUCUUUACACAUCCCACCAAUAAGAAUAUUGUAUGAAACCACGUUAGCCACAAUGCCACCUUCACACAUUUCUUCAAACAUAGCAGAAGCUCUGUCCAUUUUCCCUUCAUUGCAGUACUCAUUAAUCAAGCAAUUAUAGGUAUAGAGAUUAGGAAGCACUCCACUCAGCUGCAUCUUCUCGUACAACUUAAACCCAUCUCUUCUGAGUCCUUUCUUAAAGAGUCCAUUAAUCAAAGCAGUGUAAGUAUACUCAUUAGCAGCCAAACCCAACUCCCACAUUUUAUUGAACAGCAAUUUUGCCCUUUCAAUAUCACCCUUCUUACCACAGCCGUCAAUUAAAGUAGUGUAUAUAACAACAUUUGGAGAUAGACCCAUCUCCUCCAACUGGGCCAUAACCUUAAAAGCUCUAUCUAAAUCACCAGACUCGCAACAACCUUUCACCAUUAUCCCAAAACUGUACACAUCAGUUUCAACCCUCCCUUUCACUCCUUGGAAAAAAUUCCAGGACCUUUCAUAACAGCCUGCCUUAACAAGACAACCCAACAGGUUAUUGAAUGUCACGGCUCCAGGAGCAAGGCCUCUCUCAAGCAUUUGAUUGAAGUAGAACAGAGCAUCAUCUGUUAACUGGGAAUGAACAUGGGCAUUGACAAUGGACUCAUAUACAAGGGCACUAACUGAUGAGGUUGAAUUCAAGCUGGGUUGUGUUAAAUACUGGAGGAGAGAUGAAACAGAGAAGAAAGGUGAAGAGAUUCGAUUAGAAAGUACCCGCUGAAGAAGCGACUGCGCAUCCGAUACCAUGUUGGAGUGAAGGAGAUGUUGGAGGACUAAGGAAACGGAAUGGCUACUGUGAUGGACACCCUGAAGAACAGAGGAGUUGAAGACUGAAAGAGCCCAGGAAGGGGGGACUUUCACCAUCUUUGGGACUACAAACAAAGCCUGACUGUGUCUCUCCAGCAUCGCUCUGUUCAUUUGCCUUUUCUUGGCGACUUAGCCGGAGAAUGUCAAAUGAAUUAGGUCGUGCCGGCUGCCGGAGGUUGCUUCCAUGGGCGAAGGGAAGAGAUGAGUUGAAACUCCUAGGUACAACCGAAAAUCAAUCAACCCAUCAACCCACCGAGGGCCUUUUUGGGAUUACAUCGUUACAGUACCGGCUAGGUUAAGGGCAAAGAGCCAAAGAGUCAAAGAGGCUAUUUUACGAGUCUUGGCCUGGAAUUUUGGGCUCCUUCUCUCUUCCAAUUGGUUGGUAGCCUGGUACUCAGCUUGGCCGUAUUGAAAGUGAGAAACUUUUGAAGUGAUGGGGAAAUGGCCAUUUGCCGGACCCUGCUCAGUUAUUCCCAGCUCCAUCGCCCUCCUCGGCAUCAGAUGCUCUCCACCAUAGUACCCACUUUGUCAUUCUCAAACUACCCUCCUAAGUUGCACGAAUUCACCAAAUUGCCACCUCUCUAUACCUCUUUGAAGCGCUUAACCGGACCAUUAGAGCUCAGAACUUUAUCAGCAUCUUCGUCGUCGUCGUCAUCAUCAUCCAUGGAGUCUCCCCCUGAAGGUUACAGAAGAAACGUGGGUAUCUGUCUCAUCAACCCAUCUAAGAAGAUAUUUGCUGCUUCAAGACUGGACGUACCGGAUUCUUGGCAGAUGCCGCAGGGUGGCAUUGACGAGAAUGAAGAUCCAAAAGCUGCUGCUCUCAGAGAACUCAAAGAAGAGACUGGAGUCAGCUCCGCAGAGAUUCUUGCUGAGGUUUUUCAUUUAGACAUAAUUUUGCUUUCACUACUGUAUGCCCCUGGUUAGAAAGCCUGAUUCCAAUACAAAGGUUGCACUUGAUCCAAAUAUAUAACGAUCAAAUCAGUUUCAGCCAGCUAAGAUGCACAGGUGAUUUCUACCAAUUAGAUUUGGCAGAAUCUAAUAAGAGAAGUAGAAUAGUUACAGUCUAUUUGGUUUCCCAGUUGCUCAGGCCUUGUUUUCUUUCUUUUUCCCCCCUGAUAAAUGAGAAGAUUGAGAUUUGACGAUCAUGCCAAGAUUGCGAUCUUUAUACUUUGAAUUCGUUGUAUAAUCAGAUGGUGUCUAUGCAAGGUUUAACAACAAGGUAUCAUGAUCGCGUUAUUGUUGCAGGCACCACAUUGGUUGACAUAUGACUUCCCACCACAAGUUAGGGAAAAGCUUAAUCAACAAUGGGGAACUGACUGGAAAGGUCAAGCACAAAAAUGGUUUCUGCUCAAGUUCACUGGGAAGGAAGAGGAGGAGAUCAAUCUGCUGGGUGACGGCAGUGAGAAACCAGAGUUCGGGGAAUGGUCAUGGAUGUCAGCUGAAGAAGUAAUCGAUCGUGCAGUAGAUUUCAAGAAGCCUGUCUACAAGGAAGUGUUCGGAGCCUUCCACCCUCAUCUUCAGUAAAUACAAGAAGAGGAGCUUUUGGCUUGGCAACUAUGUUCGAGAUUCAUCAGAAACUUGCAUACAUUUCCUUGUAAUGAUCUGCACCUCCAUUCUCCCGGAGAUGGAUCAUUACGAUAAAAAAAAUUGGUGUAUGCAUCGUGCCUUGAAAUCGGUUGACAUGUUCAAAUAAAUUACUGACUGCUUGACGCCUUGAUUGAACACUAUAUGCCAUAUUAUGUAGCUAUAAAUUUUUAUUGAUAUUUAUACUCUGAUUAGGUCGAUCUAUGAAAGAGUUUGAUCGACAGUUAUAAAUAUAAACUACAC